AUGAAAUAUAUUCUUAGUUUUCUCACAUUUUUCGUCCUUCUUAUUGAAUAUACAUAUUCGAUCAGUUUUAAUUUACCGAUUAGUACAAAAAAAUGUUUAAAAGAAGAAAUUCACAAAGAUACUAUGGUUACUGGUGAUUAUGAUAUAACUGAGCGUUCUGGUUUACCGACACAUCUUGAAGUAAAAGAUACUAAAGGACAUAUAUUAUAUAAUAAAGAAGAUGCUACUAAAGGAAGAUUUGCAUUUACAACAGAAGAAUUUGAUAUAUUUGAAGUAUGUUUUGAAACAAAAUCACCUCAUGGUCAACAGCAUCAUUUAUCGCCUCAACAUACUACAAAAGAAGUAACGCUUCAAUUAAAACAUGGUAUUGAAACAAAAGAUUAUGAUGCUUUAGCUAAAGCCAAUAAACUUAAACCAUUAGAAGUUGAAUUAAGUCGUUUAGAAGAUUUAUCAGCUGCAAUUGUAUCUGAUUUUGCUUAUAUGAAAGAACGUGAAGAAGAAAUGCGAGAUACAAAUGAAUCAACAAAUAAUAAAGUUCUUUAUUUUUCCAUUUUUUCAAUGUGUUGUCUUAUGAGUUUAGCCAUAUGGCAAGUACUCUAUUUACGACGAUAUUUUAAAGCUAAAAAGCUUAUUGAUUAA